AUAAUUGUGGAUGGAGUCCUCUCAACACAAAAUCAAAAUCACCAACAAAACCCCAAUUUCACAACCAUUUUUCAACAAUUUGUAAACACCGUCAUCACCAAUUCAAGAACAUGAGUGAUCACAACAAUAAUAACAACAACAAUGAUGGAUUUGUAAGAGCAGAUCAAAUCGAUCUCAAAGCUCUAGAUGAACAACUUGAGCGUCAUCUUAAUCGAGUAUGGACUAUGGAGAACAACAAAAAGAAGCUGCCGGAAACUGACGUCACCACCACCACCACCACCGCUACCGCCGCCAGACCGUCGUCUAAACCCCUGCCGAUUAAGCGGCAGGAUUGGGAGAUCGAUCCGUCUAACCUCAUCAUCAAAAGUGUUCUUGCACGUGGCACUUUCGGCACCGUACACCGUGGCAUCUACGACGGCGUUGAUGUCGCUGUUAAACUGCUGGACUGGGGUGAAGAGGGCCACCGGUCAGAGGCGGAAAUACAGUCAUUGAGGGCGGCGUUUACGCAAGAAGUGGUGGUGUGGCAUAAGCUUGAUCAUCCUAAUGUCACAAAGUUUAUCGGUGCAACAAUGGGUUCUUCAGAGCUCCAAGUACAAACCGAAACUGGUCAAAUUGGACUGCCAAGCAACAUAUGUUGUGUUGUGGUAGAAUAUCUUGCCGGAGGUGCUUUGAAGUCUUACCUAAUAAAAAACCGGAGGAAAAAGCUGCCGUUUAAAGUAGUGGUCCAGAUUGCACUUGAUCUUGCAAGAGGGUUAAGCUACCUGCAUUCCCAAAAGAUUGUGCACAGAGAUGUGAAGACCGAAAAUAUGCUGUUGGACAAAACUAGAACCGUUAAAAUUGCUGAUUUUGGGGUGGCUCGUGUUGAAGCAUCUAACCCGAAUGACAUGACUGGUGAAACUGGGACCCUUGGCUAUAUGGCUCCUGAGGUACUGAAUGGGAACCCGUAUAAUAGAAAGUGUGAUGUGUACAGUUUCGGCAUUUGUUUGUGGGAAAUCUAUUGUUGUGAUAUGCCAUACCCCGACCUUAGUUUCUCAGAAGUAACAUCCGCUGUCGUUCGUCAGAAUCUAAGGCCCGACAUACCUAGAUGUUGCCCGAGUUCUCUUGCUAAUGUGAUGAAACAAUGUUGGGAUGCGAAUCCCGACAAACGACCCGAAAUGGACGAGGUUGUCAGAAUGUUGGAGGCGAUCGAUACAACAAAAGGCGGAGGUAUGAUCCCGGGUGACCAAGCUCAGGGUUGUCUUUGCUUCCGGAAGUAUCGCGGGCCAUGAAAGACGCCUAAUCCACCUUAUGUUGAGAAGAUUGUACAUUGCUAUUUGAAUGUUGAAAAUUCGAAUUCGACCCGGUUUUGCUACUUUGGAAAAAUCAAGUAAGAAAUUUAUCAGAUUCCUUAAAAUGGGAAUUGUGUUAUAUCAUGGGUAUUUGUAUUGUGUAAAGCUUUAUGUUUUUGUUUGCUGGUAUUUAUAUUUGAUUCAGUAUUAAAACCUAUUGGUAAUAUAUACUUAGAGGGGUGUUAUUUUCUGAAUCCAGCAUUAUGUUGAAAACUGAACUGUAUAGAUCACUUGUACGUCUUAUUAAGGGGUUGUUUAUUUAGCUCUUAACAAGGCUCUUAAUGGUUCA